UCUCUCGCUACCAGCCCGCCAGGCAUUGACAAUGAAUGGAAGGAGCUUGGAGCAGGCUAGGAAUCUGGUGAAGACAUCCUACAUCAAUCAAGGAGAGCAAGCUCUCAAUGGCAGAAGAAAACAGGUAACGGCGCUGCUCUCCAACCGUCGUCUGCCGACUCGAGGGUGGGAUGACGCCCAGAUCGAGUACCUCCUGACCGAGAUCUCUCUCAUGGACAGCAAUAACUUCUCAGAGAACGUGGGCGUCGGGGAACGAGAGGGAAGAGUGUAUUCUGGCUUGGUAGCAAGACGAAAUUUCCGCCUGUCACACGGUGUGGGUAGAUCGGGAGACAUUGCCGAGGUCCAGCCGAAAGCCGCUGGGUCAUCGUUGCUGGCCAAACUCACACAUGCACUGGCGAAGGAUGCUUUAAGGCUAGCGGGGCUUCGGAAUGCUCGCGCCUGCCUUGUUCUGCCCAUGGCCACCGGCGGAGCAAGCCGUCUGAUCCUUCCCCAAUGCUCCGUCCUCUUGCAAUCCAGCAUGUCCUUGGCUCUAACGUUCGCGGCCUUGCGGGCUGCCAAGCCCGCCGCCAAGACGAUCGUCUGGCCGAGGAUGGACCAGAAGUCGUGUUUGAAAGCCAUCGUGGCCGCCGGGUUCACGCCGAUUGUUGUGGAAAACCUCAUCCAGGGCGACGCGGUUGCGACAGACGUGGACGGCGUGAGGGCGGCGGUGGAAAGCUGCGGCGCGGAAAACGUCUUGUGUGUUGUCACGACAACCAGCUGCUUCGCGCCUCGCCUGCCCGACAAGGUCGAUGAGGUUGCCCGCAUAUGCGCUGCGAGCGGGGUAGGGCACGUCAUCAACAACGCCUACGGAGUUCAAUGUUCCAAGACGUGCCGGCUCGUCAACAGACUUUUUUUUUUGUGGUCGUCUGCAUAUUUUUUCUCGGGCGUUGUUUGCUUGACGAUCCCACCGGGCAACACAAGGGCGAUGGCGGUAGGGAGGGUCGACGCCGUGGUCCAGAGCACGGACAAGAACUUCUUGGUGCCCGUUGGCGGAGCGGUGGUGUGCGGACCGGACACCACCUUUAUCGAGCAGGCAAGGGUAGGUAAGAGCUACGCCGGGCGUGCAAGCUCCGGGCCUUGCCUAGAUCUCUUCAUCACGCUCCUCAGCAUGGGAGAACAGGGGUGGAGGCGACUGUUGGCCCAGCGCGAGACUUUGGUAGAUCCUUUUCGACGGCGCUUACGAGAGGUGGCGGAGAGCAACGGAGAGCGACUGCUCGAGUCAAGUGGAAACACCAUCUCCUUCGCCGUGACUCUCGACAGCCUGUCCACGGGCGCGUGCGCGCUGGAAAGCAACGGCGCUACUGGCUCAGCCUCCGGCGCCCCUGCGUCGGCAGCCUUCUUCGGGUCGAUGCUCUUCACGCGAUGCGUGUCUGGCACCCGGGUCGUCCCGCGCGAACAGCACAAGUGCGUGGGCGGCAUCGAUUUCACCGGCUACGGGGCGAGCGUGACCGGCUACCCGCACGAUUACUUGACGGCGGCGUGCGCCGUAGGAUUGUCCACGGAGGAACUUGACGAGUUUUUGGUCCGGCUGGACAAAGCCCUUCGAAAGGCCAAGGCCGAGAUAGCAGAGGCGUUGGAAGCUCCUCGGUCACAAGAUGGCACGACGGAGGCGGGGGUGACCAAUUCCACCGCAAACGGUUUUGCAAACGCAGAGCCAAGCCUUGUUGGGAUAGCAGCCCCUCAAGAUUCCCGGAAAGAACGUGCUGCAAAUGGAGAGGCGCCAAGAGAUACUCCCGGAGCGACAAGCACAGGUGGUGGAGCUGAACAGGGGGCGGAGUGCCGAGAGGCUCGAGGCGACGACGAGGACUGGGACGACGUAGAUUAGUUUCCAGGGAAUGUGGCGACGACCCGUCUUGUUGCGCCGUUUUGAUCGCUUCAGUUUUUGGCAC